CGACGAGCGCUUAUCACGACUGAUCCAUAGAGAAGCAGAAUUUCGUAAUAACAUGGAAAACCGAUAGCAUUAAAUCGCUCAAAUUUCUUAGGAAACCACAGAACGCUUGAACAGUGAUGGUUAAACUAAAUCAUGUUCAACGAGUUCGUAUAUUAUACAAAACCAUUUUAAGGCUACAUCGAGGCUUACCAAAAGAAUUACAAGAACUUGGUCAAACAUAUGUACGAGAUGAAUUUCGUCGACAUAAAAACUGUAAUCCUAAAGAGGCUCAAAUAUUCAUGAUUGAAUGGAGUAAAUACACUUUGACUUUAUCUGAGCAGUUAUUAAAGAAUGCCAAGGCAAAUAUUGGUUUUGGUAAAAAUUUAAGUACGCAAGAAGGUGUAUUGGAUUCAUUCACUGAUGAUCAAAUUGUACAACUUUAUAAUAUGCUUAAAGAAACCACUGGAAUUCAGGAUAAAACUAUUGAAUUUGAACUCUCUACCCAAAAUAAAAAAUAAACUAGAUAGUAAUGCAGUACUAUUCUUAUGGUUUAUAAUGCAGUAUUUUUUAUUUUUAAUAUUUA